UUCUUCUAGUAGUACUACUCUCACCCUCAUAUAUAUUCACCAUGAAGAAGCUUGGUGGAUUCAUGUGCCACUCUGCUGCCACCACCGCAGUCUGCAUCCCCGCCGAUCCCCGCUCCGCCGUUGUGUCAAGAAGGCUGGCUAGAGCCGACUAUGUCAACAAUAAUCAUGCCAACAAUGGCAACCGUGCAAGGUUGGUGAGCAAUGCUGUGAAGUACUCGAAGCUUGUCGAAUCAUCGCCUAGUUUGAGUGUUCGGAGCGAGGGAAAGCAGAUCAAUUUGAAGAAACCAGCCAUGCCGGUUAUGCUUUCUUCACCGGCGGAGAAUAACAAUGUCUUCCAUGUGGUGGUUAUGAGGGUGGCGCUUCACUGUCAAGGCUGUGCCAGUAAAGUUAAGAGACAUCUCUCCAAAAUGGAAGGACAGGAGUGACGUCAUUCAGCAUAGAUCUUGAGGCCAAGAGAGUGACUGUGAUGGGACAUAUUUCACCGCUGGGUGUUCUGCAGAGUAUUUCCAAGGUGAAAAGAGCUGAGUUAUGGCCAACCCAACCUUAGUUAAUUACAUUCAUUAAUCACUUUCAUUAUAUAAGAAAGAUACCCAAAAUGGGACACCAAAAGAAAGAAAAUGUGUGUAAUUUGUAAAACACCCAUGAGGAGUUAUAUGUAAAUUCCUUUCUUUUUGUUGGACAAAUUAUAUAUAUAUAUAUAUAUAUAUUCCCAUUUUAAUUACCAUUCUUCUUCCCUAAUUAGAAGAAGAAAACCCAAUUUUAUUGUAAUUUCAUCACUUUCCAUUAGGGUUUGGAUUCCUCUAAAACGGCCCAACCCAACUCCCGCUUAAAACCCUAGGACCCUAUUUAAAGAGCUUGGCGAUGGUUGGCGCAGCCCGCUCGGGUAUGAACAAUUUCAAUCCAUUCGUUGUUAUCUUUUUCCCCCAGUUGAAUCUGACUAAUUUUCUAUGUCGUUCUGAAGAAUGAAAUGAUGAGCUUUUUUGUUUUGAUUGCUGUGAUGAUGGCAGUUUUAGUAUUAGCUCUAGCUGAUCAUUCUUUCAGCGGUUGAUUUUUAUUUUUUGUUUUGUUUUGUUUUGUUUUGCGUAUUGAAGAUUCUAAUUUUUAAGAAUGAUGUGAGGAACAUACUUUUUGUUUUGAUUGCUGUGAUGAUGGCAAUUUUUGUAUUAGCUCUAUCUGAUCAUUCUUUAAAUUUUAUUAAGGUUGUUUUGGCUUAACUUUGUACUUCUCUUGCUGAGCAGUUUUGGUGCCAUUGAUUUUGAUUUUCUUGGUCUUGUUUUACAGAAUUGUUUCUUGUUAUUGGAUUUCUAUUCAGUUUAUUUGGUUGGGGUUCAAAUCAUCAAGAAUGAAAUGAGGAACAUUGAUGAUUUUGAUUGCUGUCAUGAUGGCAAUUAUUGUAUUAGCUCUAUCUGAUCAUUCUUGAUAUUAUUUUAGGGUGUAUUUGGAAUACACUCUAUACAUUUUUUAGUUUAAAAGAAAAAUCAUUUUUAGAAAAAAAUUAGCCUUUGAUGUGCAUUUUCUUUUUAUAUCUGUGAUAAACCUAGCCCAGAUUUUAAUAUUUCCCAAUAGAUUUCACUCUAUGCCAUGAGUCAUACCUUGAAGUUCUAUAUCUUUUUAUCUACACAUGAAAGUCACUUUUGUAGUUCAAUUCACAUUCUAUGAAUUUUAGAAGCCAGAAAUUCGGACCGAGAUGAACUAGAUAGACUUUAUCUCAAGUUCAUGACUUUGACCUAGCAAUCCUUGUGAACAUCCCUCAACACAACUUUGAGGAUAAUAAGCUUUUAAUUUGUUUACUAAUAUGAGAACUUUAACUUCCACCAAGUUACUGUAAAGAUUGAAUCAUCCCAUGACUGUCCUGCUAUAACAAGGAUUCAUCUUGUUUGAUUAGAAUUCAUUUGUGGUUUAGCUAUUUAGUAGAUUUACUUAGAACCAAAAUAUCUUAGUAAAGGUUAGUCUUUUAUUCCACAUUUUUGAUAAAAAAUAAUUCUGUCGCUUAAUUUUAGUUUGUUUUAGCAUGUGCAUCUUAACAUGCCUAAAUCUUAAAAUAUUGUAAACUAGUUUUACUAGACUUUAACCAAAAUUGUUUCCCAGAAGUUCUGUAGAGAAUGAUGUUAACAGUGCAAUUUCUAUCCUAUUGCACAACUGGAGUAUGACAAUGAUAUAUAAUUUAUUAAUGGUGUGACUAUGAACUUCAAAAUGAUAUAACUGUGGACGAAGUAGGUUGAAAAGAUGGUGUAACAGUGCAAUUUCUAUCCUAUUGCACAACUGGAGUAUGACAAUGAUAUAUAAUUUAUUAA